AUGCACGGAAUGAGUCACACAGAGGAUGAAGGUUUUAUAAAGGAAGAAGAGCGUCCACUUCCAGAGAAUGAACUUCAACGUAAAGUUUGGCUUCUGUUUGAACAUCCCGACAGUUCUUCAGCAGCUCGAAUGGUUGCAAUAAUUAGCGUAUUUGUCAUUCUUACGUCAAUUGUUAUCUUCUGCCUUGAAACAUUGCCCAAAUUUAAACAUUACAAGAUUUUUAGCACAACAAUUAAAACAACUAAAAUAGAGGAAGAUGAAGUGCCCGACUUGGGUGAUCCGUUUUUCAUGAUCGAAACGGUUUGCAUCGUGUGGUUUACAUUUGAGUUCAUCGUGAGACUUAUCUCGUGUCCCAAUAAGCUAAGCUUCUUCAGUGACAUGAUGAACAUAAUCGAUAUCAUUGCCAUCAUUCCGUACUUCAUCACAUUAGCAACGGUUGUGGCCGAAGAAGAAGAUUUGAUGUACUUGCCACUAGCACCAGUGAGUGCGCAAGAAAAACUGACAAAUCAAGCGAUGUCACUUGCCAUUCUUCGCGUUAUUCGGUUGGUACGAGUUUUUAGGAUAUUUAAACUAUCAAGACAUUCCAAAGGUCUUCAGAUUCUCGGACGAACUCUGAAGGCAUCGAUGCGCGAAUUAGGUUUGCUGAUAUUUUUCCUAUUCAUCGGUGUUGUGCUGUUCUCGUCAGCUGUGUACUUUGCUGAAGCAGGGAGUGAUAGUUCAUUAUUUAAGUCAAUUCCAGAUUCUUUCUGGUGGGCUGUUGUAACAAUGACGACAGUCGGUUAUGGUGACAUGACACCAAUCGGUGUUUGGGGGAAAAUUGUUGGCUCACUAUGUGCAAUUGCUGGCGUAUUAACAAUUUCUCUUCCCGUGCCUGUCAUUGUUAGUAAUUUUAACUAUUUCUACCACCUCGAAACUGAUCAAGAAGAAAUGCAAAGCCAAAAUUUUAAUCACGUGACAAGUUGUCCUUAUCUUCCUGGUGCUUUAGUUCAACAAGGACUUGAUCCACCAUAUUCAAAGUCACCAUCUGACGUGGAUUCGCUUGAUUCAUCUCCUGGAAUCAUCAGUGAUCAGACACACAUUGUGCCAUUUUUAGGCGCUUAUAAAGAUCAAAAAAUAUUCAGUUCCAACAGCCAAAACUACCGACAGAAAAACUCCAUAACUGUGGGCAUUGAAACUGAUGUCUAAACUCUCUUUGAUAAUAGAAUAAACAGUGGAUAACUUUUCAAAUAUUCUUCCACAAUUACGACUCGUAACAUAACAAAAUAAAAGAUUUUUCCACAUGUUAUUUCUUAUAAUUGAAGUGGCUUAAAUUCUGAAGAAAAAACCAAACCAAACAAACAAUUUGUAGCUUUGAAGGAAGGAGAAAAAUAAGAAAACUUCAAAUAAUAUUUAAAUGAUUAUGAACAAUUCCAGUAGAUUUAAUCUCUUUCCCAAUCUUCUGUCCCAAUUUAAUUUUAAACUCGUCUUAUUUCAUAUUUAAGAGAAAAAAAACGAUAUCGUCGAUGAAACGAAUUUUCUUAUUGCUUUAAUCGCAUGUACAUUAAAAAAAUGCUCAAAAAGCCAACAAAAAAUUUGCUUAAAUUUCUUAGUUAUUCAUUGAAUUCUUCAAAAGAAAACGUGAACCAUACUACAAUUUUUUGAGCUCUAAAUUAUCAAAACUUACAAGUCGUAAGUUGUAACGUGAUGAUUAAAUAAUAAUGUUGAGGGUGGCUUAAUAGUUCCAAGAAAAUAAUUAGAAAAAAUGAGUUGUGAAUGAAAAUUUCUUUUAAAAAGUUUUUUAUAUUCCAUUUCUAAUUAAAAAAACUCGCCAUAAAUCUUAAGAUAACAUUGAUAUUAAUAUGAAAUGAUUGUUAAAAUUUUUUAGAAUCGAUUAUGAAAGUGAAACCCUUGCCGCCCUCCCACUUGACUCUUAUCGAAGAUGGAAAUGCUCACUUCUGAGCAUGGAAUAUUGAAGGAAAAUGGUGAACGAAAGUCGGAAGUUAAAUUGCUUCAAAAGCUUUUCUAAGCAGAAUUUAGUGAAAGAUGAAUACGAAAGAGAAAAAGCUUCUGCUGGUUGAAGCUUUCGAAUCAAUUAAAGUUUCUUCAGGGUUGUGAUAUUCGGUUUAUUGCAUGUGAUAAAUUAUUUCAGAACCACAUUAGGCUAGAAAGAAAUUAAAAAUUGGAGCUUGUAGAAAAGAGAAACUUUAAAACUUUCAAUGACCGAGUUCAGAAACUCUUCCUGAAAUAUUCCACAAACACACACACACAAAAUUCUUUCAUGAAAACGCAAAACUUUUAAGGAAAACGCAAAAUGUGACUCCUUUUAUUUCAAAUUUGUAUGUCGUCUCUUCUUAAUCUUAGGACAAUUAAAAAAGAAAACAUAAAUGAAAAUUGAAAAGAAUGAAAAUAAAUUCUAAAUCGCUAAAUUGAUAAAGCAAAUUUAAAUAAAAAAUGUUCUCGUUACUACUAAUUUUUAUGAUAAUUAAUCAAGUAUUGUCGACCUUCUAAGAGAAUUGAUUUUGUGUUGCUGUCAAGUUCUGUUGAAAAUGAUUUGCAGUAGUCGUCUGAAGAUUCAAGGAACGAACAUGAUUCAGGACGAUUGUCGAGAUAGUUAAUGAAUUUCAUUUGUUGUUCCGAAAGGAAAACUUCAAAUAAUGCUUUAAUCAUUUCAUGAUGUUCUUUAGUAACUUCGUGUUUAAAAUUUCCUUUUAUGUUCAUAACUUUUAAAAAGUUCAGAAAACCUUCAGCUGAAAGUUUUGACUUUGUGAACUUUGGAAGCAUACAAAGAAGUGAAAUAAACAAUCGACAGAAAUUAACUUUAUCCUUCAUUGACAUCGUUUUGACGCAAUUGUUAAUCAGAUUUAAAAUAGCUUCAAUCAUCUCAUAUUCAAAAGCUUCAACUUUAACUGCAACUUCAAAUAGCCAAACUCCAAGCCCAAAUUUUUGCAACAAAAAUGCAGUUUUCGAUGUUUUCGUUACGAUUCGAUCAAAAAUCUUCAAAAUCAUCAAAUCAAUUUUCCGAUUUGACAAUGAACAUCGGGAGCAUGAAAGAAGAAUUUUAAUCAAAGGCGUGUUGUUUAUAAGCUUGACAUCUAAAUCGUCUUUAAUGCCAUUGUAGAUCGCAUUUAACAAGAACAUUCGAUGUUCUUCCUGAUGGACAUCAUAACUGUAAAACAUCACGAAAAGUUCUGGAAUUCGAUUGAAUUCAAAUUUCUCUCGAACAACAAAAUAAUUCGACGCAAUGUUGUAAGCGUUAUGAAGUGAAUUCGGUAAAAUAUUCACAAACUCAGAUAGAAGUUGCGUCGAUAUCGAAGCAGCACGUGGAAAAUGUUUUUCUUUCGCUUUAUCAUCGUUUCCAGUCCCUUCUUGAAUCUCACUAAAGCCUUGUUGGAUCGAAUCAUAGAAGCGAAUCCAAAGUUCUUUUGUACCUUUUUUAUUUUCAUUGCACUCACGACAUUUCAGUAGAAUGUGAGCAGCAAGAAGUCGCAUGUUUUCAUCUUCACAUGACAAUGCUGGGAAGAUUAACGACAUCAAAUUAUUCUUCUUUGCUGACGAGAUGAAAAUAAAGUUGCUCGAUGAUAAAAUCAUUUCAAAGAGAGGAAGAAAGUAACCAGGAUCGUAAACAGCAUCACAAUCAUCAACUUCUUCUUUUAAAAUUCCUUCAAGUUCAUCACUUGGAACGCCAGCAAGUUUUCGUUUAAUUGGAAAUUUGUUUAGCGUGCUUUCGAUCAUUGAUUUCUCGAAUAAGUCCAAAACUUUCACAAACAUUCCAUUCAUGUCAUCAACAGUUUUCUUCAUUAGCAUCAUUUCUUGUUCAUCGUUUGAUGUGAAGUGUGACAAAGCUGUCGGUCCAAACAAAAACGGACGAAAAUCAAAGAAAUCAAUUCCACAUCUUAACUCAUAAAAACGAAGUAAAUUAAGAAUUAAUUGAUCUGAUGAUGACAUCGUCGCUUGAUAUGCUGACAAAAGAAUUGGAAUGUGCUUCUCAUGUGCCACUGACGGAUUCCUUUGCACCAAAACAUUCAGAAGAAAGAAUAAAUUCGUCUUCAAAACACGACCAGAAACUUUGAAAUUGAAAACAACAUUGAAGAAGUUUGAAUGUGUUAAAAUCAUGUCAAAAAUUGUCGUCACUUCAUCAGCUGUUACAUUGAUGCUUCUUAUCACUUGACCAAGUAACAUCAACAUCUUUGAGCCUUCGCAUGAUUUCAAUCCAUGCUUCAAGCACAUUUUAAUGAAAGUUUCCCAAGUUUUCAUGUUGACAUCGACAUCAGGAAGAUUUGAAGGUAAUGGCUUGAUGAUCUUCAUCCAAUCGCUAAGAACUUCCAAAUAUUCUUCGUUAAUUCCUGAAUUGUUGUUCAACGACAGAACAAACAAAUUCAGCCAAUGAUUAAUAAAAUUAAUGAAAAUUUUUCCAUCAUUAUUCGCUUUGAAAGCUUUCGUGAAAAUUCCAUGAAGCAUCUUAACUUGAUAAACUUCUGAUGCGUCAAAUUUAAACUUUUUCAUUGCAAGAUCUUGACAUUCAUUUAAUGGCAUCGACAAUUCAAUUAAUUUAAGCGAAGUUAAAAUAUUUUCACGAUAAAUUUGCGCGGCUUUGUUGGGCUUUUCAAUUGCUUUGAUUAUUCCCGACUUGAAUUCUUGAUAAAUUGGCUUACAUUGAUCAACUUUCAUUAACUCCUUCUUCAAAGCCACACUCAAUAAUGGAUACAUCAAUUCCUUCUUCAUUUUCAUCACAUCUUUAAUGAAAAUUUUAUUCCAAUGAUGAUUGCGAGUGAAAAUCAUUUUGAAAAGUUUAACGAAAGAUUUUGUUGCUGUUUGAUCUUCUCUGAAUGCUAAUUUGAACAUAUUUACACUUAAAUCUCCAAUGUUGUGACAAAAUUCUGUGAAGUAAUCAAGUAGAGUGUCUUCAAGUGCACUCAAGUCAAUUGCUGUGUUUGAUGCUGCUUCGAUGUAGAAAACUUCCAGCUUUUCAAUUACUUUCUUUGUAAGUGGCAACGUCUUUAAGCAUGUCAAUCUCCUCAUCAGUAUUGUAACUAACUUCACAUGCAUUUCCUUUAUAUUCUUCAUUUUCUUCAUCAACAAAACACUUAAAAUGUCGACACA